AUGGCGGACUUUGAAACUCUCGCCCUCACCACCAAGCCCUCAGCGCAGCUGAGCUACAACUACCAACCUGCCCAGGGCAUAUCUAAGCCCGUUCUGGUUGUGUUCCUGAAUGGCCUCGGUCUGCCACAGGCCUUCUGGCAACCUGUCAUUGCCCAAUUGAAAGCCCUCCGCCAGGACAGCCCUAUCCCUGCGUUCCUUACGUAUGACCGCUAUGGCCAAGGCCAGACAACCGAUCGCGAUCCCUCAGAUGCCGGCGCAGAGGACCCGACGCACGGUCAUGACUGUCUGACCGCCGUCCGCGACCUGCGCCAGCUCAUCACCCAGAUUAGCGCCGACAAACUCGGCGCUACAGAUGUGGACUCUGUCGCUCUGGUGCUGGUGGGCAACUCCAUCGGAUGCGCUCUCGCACGUAUCUACGCCCAAGAAUACCCCGGCACUGUUGCUGGCUUACUGCUACUAGACAGCAUCCUCGCCAACUCAGACUUCGUAUCGGUCUUCCCCGACCCAGAUGCCCCCGAUUUCGAUCCCGCUAGUCUGGGGCCUCUUCCGGUGGAGGCUAUCUGCGCCGUGCGCGAGGGUGCGCGUCGCAUUUUCCACCCCGAUGUUGGCAACAAAGAAGGUCUGAGCCGACGCAACCUUCGGGAGUUACUGCCCGCCAGUGACGGUCCCCUUCUGAAGGGCCCUGAUGGCCAUGGGCCGUACGUCACGGUGGUGGGACACGACUUUGACACCUUUGCGGAAGAAUCUACUAAGAUGGGUCCGCCAAAGCCCGUCACAAACCGCUUUGUCAACCCAUACUGGCACAAGUAUAAUGAGGGUCUGGCCAAGAUCACCGAGGCUGAGUAUAGUAAGGGGCCGUUGCAGGCGCCCAAUGCGGGUCACUUUAUCCAGAAGGAUAACCCGGAGUUUGUAGUGCAAGAGCUGAAUGAGCUUUUGGGGAAGAUUCUGUAA